AUGGCGGUCACUCAAACCUCAAGUCAGCAACACGUCGCCGUUUUGGCAUUCCCAUUCGGUAGCCACGCUCUCACAACUUUCAACUUGAUGCUCAAGUUAGCAGCUGCUGCCCCAAGCCUCCAAUUUUCAUUCUUCAGCACCAACAAAUCCAAUCAAUCUCUCAUUUCAACUUCAAAAACUUACCUCCCGGAUAACGUCAAACUCUAUGAUGUGGAAGACGGACUGCCGCCAAAGAAUUAUAAGCUAACAGGAAACCCACGUCACGCCGUGGAGCUCUUCAUGAAGGCGGCACCGGCCAACUUCUGGAAAGGCAUUGACGCGGCUGUGGCGGCAACCGGUCUGAAAAUUAGUUGCUUGCUCACAGAUGGAUUCUUGACAUUUUCCGGGGAGAUAUCUGAGGCUUUACAGGUUCCAUGGUUUUUGUCUUUUGUUGCCAUGCCGUAUAACGUAUCUGCUCAUAUUUACACGGAUGUUAUCCGCCAAGUUUGCAUCAACAACAAAAGUAGAGUUUCAGGAAUUGAAGAUCAAACUCUGGACGUUAUUCCAGGAUUAUCCAUGAUGAGAAUUUCGGAUUUAUCCGAUGAAAUAUUGUCGGGUGAUCGGGAAGAAUCAAUUUUUUCUUCUGUUCUUAGUAAACUUGGAAGUGUCUUGCCAAAAGCUUCUGUUGUUGUAAUGAACUUCUAUCGAGAACUUUAUUCGGCUCAACUUAUGGAUGAUCUCAACUGCAAGCUUCCAGGCUUACUCAAUCUGGGAUUUCUGACCCAGCCGGUGCCGCCCCCACCACUGCCGCCGUCAGAUUGGGAUAAAACAGGCUGCCUGGAAUGGCUUGAUAGACAAAAAGUGAAGUCUGUGGCUUACAUUGCUUUUGGUACUGUGGCGACGCCGCCUCAGGAUGAAAUAAUAGCCUUAGCGGAGGCCCUGGAAGAAGUUAAUAUCCCUUUUAUUUGGUCCCUGAGGGAUGAUAAAAAGGAGCAGUUACCGAAGAAGUUUCUCCGAAGAACUAGCGAGCUUGGAAAGAUAGUUCCGAGGGCACCUCAGAUUCAAGUUCUGGGGCAUUCGUCAAUAGGCGUUUUUGUGACCCAUUUUGGAGCGAAUUCGGUGUGUGAGAGCAUUGCAAAUGGAGUCCCGAUGAUCGGGAGGCCAUUGUUCGGAGAUCAUAGGAUGAAUGGACGGAUGGUAGAGGAAGUUUGGGGCAUUGGCAUGACAGUUGAGGGCCUGGAAUUCACCAAGAAUAAAGUUGCGAAGAGCUUGAAGGUCGUUUUUGGUGAUGAAAGAGGAAAGAAAAUGAGAGAAAAUGUUGAAGGACUGAAAGAGAUUAUAAUGAAAGCUGCAGGACCUGAUGGGAGCGCUACUCAAGAUUUGAACACUUUGGUUAGGAAACUAAAUAAUCUCAAAUAA